AUGUUUGAAAGUAACCUGCUCUCGCUGAUCAACACCGCAUCGCCGCUUCCCACGUUUGUGGAGGUGGACUUUGUGAACUCCCUUAACAACUCACUAUCAAAGGCCUUCCGGUUUGCCCACGUGUUACUCGCUGAAAAAAGCGACAUAGCGGCCAUGUGUCUGCCGUGGGAUGCUGAGAUUUGGCUCGUCCUGCACUCUCUUCUCGAGCAUCGACUUCUCUUUCAUGCGAAUACAACGUUCUCGGAGAUGUUGUUUGGCCUUCGUCGUGGAUGCAUUGCAUCGCCAUCGAAGCCGUCUGGGUCUCAAGGGAGGCUGUCGUGGUGGGUUCGCGGCCCCCUCCCCGCUCCCUCAUUGGAGGAAAAGGCGUUGCAAGCACCGGACGCUGCUGCCUCCCCUGCCGCAUUGGGAGCUAUCUGCGACUCUCCAUUGCCUCAACGACAUGGUGAACUCACGGCAGCGGAGAUGCAGGCGGCACAGGGUGCCUCUUAUGGCCACCUCCGUUUUAGUCCCAUCACCAACAGACAGCGGUACAUUACGCUGUUUCUCAUCACGGUAAUGCCCUACCUGAGAGAGCGUGCUGCUAAAUGGUACACGCAUCGGAUGGACUCUUCUCCUGAAGCCAACUCUAUGCGCAUUGCUUAUGCCACUCGUUACCCCACACGGGCGCGAAUAAAAGAGUUAUUGACUCGACUGUAUCCUGUUUUUUGCACGGCAUUAAGGAGCUUGAGGUUUUUUUACCAGAUGCUUUUUCUUCUGGAGUUGACGCCAUAUACCACACCGCUUCAUCGUUUGUUUGGUAUCGUUUUGCGGCGUCUACAAGA